GACUCGGGGUCAACAUCUAUCCAAGCAGCAGACAGCACAGCCAUCAAUGGCAGCAUAACACCCACAGACAAAAGGAUAGGGUUCCUGGGUCUGGGGCUGAUGGGUAGCGGGAUAGUUUCCAACCUGUUGAAAAUGGGUCAUGUUGUCACAGUGUGGAACCGCACAGCAGAAAAGUGUGACCUAUUCAUCCAGGAGGGAGCCAGGCUAGGCCGGACUCCUGCAGAGGUGGCGUCCAUGUGUGACAUCACUUUCUCCUGUGUGUCAGACCCAAAGGCUGCCAGGGAUUUGGUGUUGGGACCCAGUGGAGUGCUGCAGGGAAUCAGGCCAGGCAAAUGCUACGUAGAAAUGUCCACUGUAGACCCAGAGACCAUCACAGAACUGUCACAGGUGAUCACGUCGCGGGGCGGCCGUUUCCUGGAGGCUCCGGUGGCGGGAAGCCAGCAGCUCUCCAACGAUGGGAUGUUAGUCAUCCUGGCAGCUGGUGACAGAACAGUCUAUGAGGACUGCAGCAGCUGCUUCCAGGCCAUGGGCAAGACCUCCUUCUUCCUGGGUUUACAAGAGGGCUAAGGCACUGGACCAGUCAGACAAUGAUAUUUCUGCAGUCUACAGAGCCUACAUUCACUAGAGCGAGGUGUGACCGAUCCUCUGGACCACACAGUCUUUAAUCCCUUAUUAUUUCUCCUCGUCAUGUAAUGAGUUUUUAUUUUAAAUUCUAGUCAUUUUAUUUCAUUCUGCCCCCAGCGACAGCCAUGUUACCUGCUCACAAAUCAUGGGAUAUUAAUUCCUUGUGUUAGAAGCAACCUUGAGCAUUGCACUGACUGUACUGGGAGGAGGGAGAGAUAUACGUUGUAAGAGUGCUACAAAUGAGGUUGUACUGCUACAGUCUGCUGUGGUGGGGGGCAGUUUGUCUGGUUUCUGACAACUACCGGUAGAAGUAAUGCAGGGUGUUUGGCAAGGAUGUGGGGUCCAGUGCCACUGUGAAAAGCGGGCGGGGUGUCCAGCUCAAGCCAGAGAAAUUGCUGUCAGGUUUUGUGGAUGCACCAACCCUAAAGGUUUUUUUUUUGGUUCAUGUGCAAAUGAGUUUAUUUAAUUGAGUGUGAUCUUUGCUUUUAUUUUAAAUGUCCAGAAUUCCAUGAGAGAAAAACACAAGAACAUGCCACUGCAUUGCCUUAAUAAUGUAACCCCUCGAGUCUUUUGAUAAUGGAUGUAUUUAUUUCUGUUUCUUUCCAGGUCUUCUCGGUACAGUUAGGCCAUGCCAUGUUUCUGUAUUUGACUAGAUGGUUUAUGCUUUUACGUUGGUGUCAGUGAUCUUUCUUAAACAGGUUAAAGACAGAGCAACAGAUGUGUUGAGGCCUUUAAAAUGCAGUAAUAAUUGGUAUUUCUCACCAAGACUUGAGAUUACCACAUUUGAAAUCCUUGUGUUUUUGGAAGAGUUCUCAAUUCCACUGUGUUUUUCUUUUUUAAAUAUGUUUUUCUGAACCCAGAUAAAUCCACCUGUUGCAUUUUAACUGGAGGCUUUAAUUUAGCCCCAAUGUCAUUGUGCUUUUUUCCCCCCUGGUAAUUAGUGUUAAGUUGUGGUUGAGCUUUCAAGGCCAAUUUUAGACCAUUGUAGGUUACAAAUACACAAUUAAAGCCGCAGUAGGUAGUUUUUAUAAAAAUACUUUGUAAUUUUUGCUGAAACUUUCACUUUCCUGACCGUAGUAAAUGGGACAGAUAAUCUGGGAAAAACCGGGUCCCUAAGGAACAACCAGAGCAGAGAAAAAUAGUUGAUUUUUGAAUCAAAUAACAAUAGAAUUGAGUAAUGUAUAGUAAUAUAUAUAACAUAGUAAUGAGACCCAACAAUCAACUAUCCUCAAGCCUCCAGUCUUUUUCAUCUUUCUCGGCUCUGAUUGGUUGCUUUCGUUUAGGACCCGUGGAUUCUUGUAAAUGCCAUUAGGAGCACUAGAAGGAACCAGAGGAACCUGAUUUCCCCCCCCCCCAGCUAUUAUCUGUCUCAUGUUCGACUGUCAGGAUAUAGUGAAAGUUUCAGCAAAUAUGAGAAAAAGUUAUAUUUAUUAAAGUGACCUAUUGCAGCUUUAAAAACCGAACUAAAACCAUCAAGUUGGUUAGUGGUUUCAUUCGUUCAUUCAUUCUUAAAGGCUGAAAGCUGUAGUAUAAAUAUAACAUGUUGAACUCCUCACAGGGCACUAGUAAGACAAACACAACUCACUUCAGCUAAACUGUUAAUAUGCUAAAUAAGGAAAUGCAACAGUCAGGGCCGAAACCAAAUGUUAACAUGGAUUCUGUUUUAUUAUUUAUUUAUUUUUAUAUUUGCCUUAAACAGAUUUCAGCUCACAUAAAGGGAGGGACAGCAGGUGGUCACAUCACAGGGGGGAAAUCUUGAUUACAUAGUAGGUCUUCGCAAGUCCACCCAACAAGACUGAAACAUUUCUCAAUAGACAUAAGGUCAUGACAGAUUCAUCAUAUACGUUGGCUGAUAAUUGACAAGAAAUGCCAGAUUCCCAAAUUUAAGUUAGAAAUCAUUUAGAAACUGUCUACAUAAUUUUUGACAAGUUACUUUUUUUUUUUUUUUAAAGUGAAAAGUCCUGCUCACUACAUAUUGUGAUCACAGUACUUCAGGAGACCGAUUGGAGGAUUGUUAGCACAUUUCUUACCUCUCAAAUGUUGGUAUCUGCCUCAAAAAUUCAGUCCAGGUCAGCUCCGCUCAAAUCCAAAUGAUCAGUCUAAUCAGGUCAGGUCAGUCUGUUACAGCAGGUCUGAGGUCUGUGUGUCAAUAUGUCUAUUGCCUGAGUGGAUCCAAGGGGAUUCUUGUCACUUCUUGUAUAUCACAAUUGGAAAAUGAACUGUAAAAUGGCCUGUAUUAAUGUUCCUGAAUCACCAUAUUCUGGAUCAGGUCUAAUUGUCCCUUUCUAAGUCCCAACCCUUUUUUCUCUAUGCUCCAAUAACCGUUGAGCAAGCCAAGUGAGAACCCCGGUCAACUUUCUCCUUUCCUGUUCUCUGUUAUGCUAUGUGCUAGGCUCGUCUUGUUGAAAAGACAACCACAUUUUGAAGAUGGUUAAAAGAUAAAAGCAGUCAGUCAACAGUCAUAUCUUUUAGAUAAAACGCUAGCUAGCUAGUUAGCCCUCGUUUUACUACAGACCAAACCACUAACUUGCUAAUCCACAUCAAUCCACUUCAAUCAUUAGCUAUUAAAGUAUCAAUUAUUAUAGCUCACCACCCCUAGUUAGUUAGCAUUUUGCUAGAGAAAAAAGCCACUGACUAGCUAAUCUACAUCAGUCGUUAGCUAGCUAGUUACAUCUGAAAGCCAAUGUUAGCAAACGCUAGCUAAUAACUAGGUAGUAACUAAUUUACUGCUGUCAAUAAUUAGCCAGUUAGCUAACUUUUUGCUAACAUUAGCUAACUUAACAGGUGACUAUAUAUGUCUCUUAUCUUUUAAGCAUUUCCAAAGUGUGGUUGUCUUUUCAACAUAGACGAGGCUAGCACCUAGCAUAUCUAAGUACAGGAAAGGAGUUGACCAAGGUUCCUCUGGGUACCUGAUUGGAGCAAAGAGCAAAAAGGGGCGGGACUUGGGAAGAAUAAACCAACAUAGUGUCUUUUAUUUUUUUAUUGUGAACCUUAGAUUUUGGAGUCUAUUUUGGACACAGUUCAGAAUUCUGGACCCAUGAAGACCUCUACUAUGUAGCCUAAAACACACCCUACAAUGACAAUGCCCAACAUAUGCCAAAGAAACGUGGCAUGGCAAGAGCCGAGUUCUGUCUGUCGGUGUUCUGAUAGAAGCUCAAAUCAAACAAGACCACUUUAAUCAUCAGUCGGUGCCAGUUGGAGCACUUGUCCUGACCACUAAAAACUCCAAAUAGAACACAGUGAGUCUGUGUUUGCGGGUAUUAUUUUUGGACUAAUCAUUGGGAAGUAGAUGCAGAAAUGGGUUAAUCAAGAUGUCAAACAUGGCAGCAAAUAUGUGUCUCUUUUCCUUCAAGAAUAAUGUACAGAACAAUAUCUAAUAAGAAAGACCACAUCAAUUGUCAACCCCACUGUCACUAUCUUGGAAGUGACUGUAGCAACAAGCCCUACUGUUCUUUCACUAGAACCUGUACAGUAUGCCGUUGAGACACCGGAAGCACAGAAGGACAGUGUGCACCUGCAGAAAAUUGUACAUGCUUCCUUUCAGCAACCUCAUUGUGUUUCAGUUUUUAUCAGUUUCCUCUGUAAAUGAAUGAAAAACAGAAUCAUUUAGUUGCAUCUUAAGAAUCAAGUGUCCCACUUUUUUCUGUUUGCCAAACAAUUUCCAUGUAAGGUUUUUAAUUUUGGUUCCCCUUACACUCUGGUGUAAAGAACUGUUUUUAGAAGACAGAUGUAAAUAGCACAUUAGGUUGAGUAGGGUUUAUUUUAUAUCUACGAUAACUGGGAUUAAUGAAAAAAACUACUUUUGCUUUGACUCUACAGAGCCACUGUCUAACAUCUUUGUGUCUUAAUACUGUAGAUUGUUCAGUUCAAGUGUAAAUGGUUUAUUAAUAUGUGGCUUAUAUAAUCUGGCUUAUUUUUGCAUUGAAAUGACAAUGAUUUGGAUCCCGUCAACAGAAGAAGGGUGUAACUUGUUUUGGGGGAUAUUUAUGAUUUUGUGUACAUGUGGAAAUAUCAAGACUUUUGUGCUGUUUAAUAAAUCCUCUCCUGAUUACUGACGCA